UAAUACGUGCGCUGUCGUUUUGCUGAGUCUUCUGAGGAGCCGUGAACACAGCAUAGAUUAGCUGUGCGGAAGUUACGAGCGAAAAGAAAUGAGCGGAUUUUCGCCUCAGGAAACUUUUUAAAGACUCAUUUCUCAAGAGUAUGGUCAACGUACAUCAACAGAGCCGAGCCAUGACCAACAUUCAGAUCCGGAAGUAUCGGGACGAAGACGCUGAAAUCGUGAAGGAGAUCUUCACGUUGGGGGUGAGCGAGCACGUCCCUUCGACCUUCACCCACAUGCUCAAACAGCCGCCCACCCAGAUGGUGCUCAUGUGCAUGUUCUGCGCCCUCAUGGCCAGCUCCAAGUCCUUCCUGCUCCCCAUCCUGGCCAUCACACUCCUCCUGGCCGGAGCCCGGCAGCUGGUUGUCUACUCGUUCAACAAAUACAUCGAGACGUCCCUCAGGAGCGACCUCCACAACAUCAGCGAGACCUACCUGAAGCAGAGGGACUCGUGUUUCUGGGUGGCGGAAAGCGACGGCCGUGUGGUCGGCACGGUGUGUUGUGUCCCCACUGAGACGGCGCCGGGUUGCUUGGAGCUGAAGCGCAUGUCGGUGCGUCGCAGUUACCGCGGGAUGGGCAUCGCCAAGGCUCUGUGUCGGACUGUAGCCGAUUUCACCCGUGACCGAGGUUACGCUGCCGUCAUCCUGCACACCUCUGUGGUAGCAACGGAUGGUCAGAAACUGUACGAGCACAUGGGCUACCAGAAGAUAAGAGAGUUUGUCCUUCCAGAGGUUUGGGCCAAAAUCAUGAACUUUACUCUGUUUGAGUACAGACUGGAUUUACAGCAGGAAGGAAAAAGACACUAAAAGGAACAUAAACACCGACAACACCCACAUUAGGGGAACUAUUUACUGCUGUUUUCCUCUGUUCAUCUGAAUGUAGUCUGUGUAGGCAGACUGCAGAACCCGCAGCUUUACAUUUUUCAUGACGGUUGUGCAGCUGGCUCCAUUUCAGCUAAACACAGAAACCAGAUCCCUUCUUUAUGAGAGUCAGGAAAGUCAUGGCUGAAGCAGCUAAUGGCAUGUUUCUCAUUUAAAUUGGGAUAAAAGCUGCUUUCACCCAAAUGUCUGCAAGUGUAAAAUUGUCUUGCAGCUGUCUGACUUGAAAUGAAAACACUAACAAAAUAUUGAUAAAAUCCCCACAAAAACUCAAGUGUGGUCUCACUGAUUUAACUUUUUAUUUCGAAUAAUUUUUAAAAAUUGUUUGACUUUUCUUUGAAUGUUUUUUUUUUUUGGUGAAUUGUUACAUUUCUAACAUGAGAAAUGCUGACUUGAUUUCUUCUCCAGACUUGAAAAUGGAGAAAACAUUACAUAAAACGGUUUGACAAAAUUGCAAAACAGGUGAUAAUAUGUUCCCUCAAACUAAAAUAAAACAACUGUGGUUCAGUUGAACUUAA